CACGGUUUUUUUCUCCGCUAGUCAUCCACCCACAGCACAAUACAAUGGCGCUCAGCGAGGAAAGCAAGGCCUUGCUCCAAGCCCAGGUCGAGCUCUGGAACCAGACCUUCAGCUUCAUGAAGUCGGUGGCGCUUGCGGUUGCCUUGGACCUCCGCAUCGCCGACGCCAUCCACCACCACGGCGCCGCCGCCACCCUCCCUCAGAUACUCGCUGGGAUUGGCAUCAGCCCGUGUAAGCUUGGUGGCCUCCGCCGCCUCAUGCGUGUUCUCACCGUCGCGGGAACCUUCACCACCAUCCAGCCACCAGAAAACUCAUCAGGCGGGCACGACGAGCCUGUCUACAAGCUUUCGACAAUCUCCUGCCUCCUCACGACGAGCGACGCCGGCGGCGAGACCUCGACGAGCUGCUUGUCCCCUAUGCUAAGCCACGUGCUCAACCCUUUCCAUGACUCGGAGCUCAGCAUGGGCCUCGUCGCGUGGUUCCGGCACGAUGAGGAGCCCGGCAAGUGCCCGUACGCCCGGAUGCACGGCGCGACCGUGUGGGAGAUGUGCGGGAGCAGCGACGCGGUGAACACGUCCAUCAACAACGCCAUGGCCGCGGACAGCCGCUUCCUGAUGCGGGUCGUCUUGGAGGAGUAUGGUGAGACCAUCUUCCGCGGGGUCGACUCACUGGUCGACGUGGCCGGCGGUGUCGGCGGAUCCUCCGCCACCAUCGCCGCCGCGUUUCCAUCUUUGAAGUUAACGGUGCUGGAUCUCCCUCAUGUUGUCGCCAAGGCUCCGUCUGUUAGCAACGUGCAGUUUGUUGCGGGCGACAUGUUUGAGAUCAUUCCACCCGCUAAUGCUAUCUUCCUAAAGUACGUCCUGCAUGACUGGGGUGAUGACAAGUGCAUCAAGAUAUUGAAGAAUUGCAAGCAAGCUAUCCCUUCAAAAGAUGCAGGCGGAAAGGUAAUAAUCAUAGAUAUCGUGGUUGGAUCUAGCCCGUCAGAUAUUAAGCUCCUGGAGACGCAAGUUUUGUGUGAUCUCGACAUCAUGAAAAUUGGCGGGGUUGAACGAGACGGGCAGGAGUGGAAGAAGAUAUUCCUUGCAGCUGGAUUCAAGGACUACAAUAUUAUGCCGCUUGGUCUCCGGUCGGUUAUUGAGCUCUAUCCAUGAACGAUGCUCACUAUCUGCUAGAUAAAUAAACAUCCAGCGCUCUAGUUAUUUUCUGUCGUUGGACUACUAUAGAUUCAGUUUCAGAGUUCAAAUUCAGUCACUUUACUACUGGAUUCCACUCCUUUGUGCAAAGAUCACAAUACAUACGGCAAAGCAUUUGUCGUGUGCCACACAUGGCGAAGGGCACACGACAAAUGCCGGUUGGCAAAGCUGACUUUACCAUGGGGCUUUUUUGGGGCACACGGCAAAGGCUUUGCCGUGUGCCAAGGUGGGAUGGGUCAUGUCUCAGUCUUGGUAGAUUUUGGAUUCAAGUAGUAAGCUUUUUCUCUUUUCCCCCCUUUCUCUAUUUAUUUAAUUUUACCUUGAUCACUAUUUUUCUUUUUAAUAUUAUAUAUAGUUGAUUACAUUUGUGAGGCAGUGGUGAUAUAUUGUGUAUAGGAUUGUGGUACCUUGCGAGUACCAACAAGUUUCACACUUUGAAAUCUUGCAAUUCUCUC